UCUUCUAGUUUCACAAUAUUCCGUUUAUAGAACGGAUCCGAAAGUCAGAGUUGAAUUCAUGUGUAGCACAUCGAUUAAAUGUAUCCGACAUAAAUCCUAAUACACCCAAACUAUUGGUACCUAUUUUGGUUUGUUUAGGCUGCAAAAGCUGAUUAAAUUCUUCAGAAUGACAAGCCCUACUGGCACCAAGAUAAUGGACAAUCGUGACGCCAUAGCGGCGGGCAUGGCAGAGUUGCUGAGACCUGCGGUACAAGAGGUAGACGAAAGAGUGAGAGUUGUAAGGGAGAGUCAGGUUGAACUGAGGCAAAGGAUAGAAGAGUUGGACGAUGCUCUAAGAGAACUGUGCAAAGAAAAGAGCGCCCCCAUCGAUUUAGAUUUAUACGUCAAGAAGCUGGCCAACUGUAAACGAAGGAUAGCCACAGUCAAUAAUAUUGUGCAGAAUGCUCAGGACCGAGUGAUGAAGCUGGACGAUAAAGUAAACACCACAACGAGAAAGCGUUAUCGCCUGAUGACAAGACUUCGGGAUAAGCUCUCCUUUGAGUCUAACCCUGAGCCAGAGGCAGCCAUUGAUGUAGCCCAUGACAAGCCUUUAGAUGGGGGCCAAGAAGACACAAGCCAAGAGGAUGCAAGACCUGACGUGGAGACAGAGAGCAGGGAGGAGGAAUCAUCCUCUGAAAAGUGAUUGGAAUUCUGAUGGACAUUUUGUCUUUAAAUCAUAUGCUUUAAUAUUGCUCUAUCUUUAUAUCAGACAGUGACUGGAAAAGUGUUGGAGAGUUGAUGGAUUUUUUUGUCAUUUAAUCAUCAAAAACAUUGAUUGCUGCUCUUUGUUUUUACUUCAGACAAUGACUGUUGAUUCAACGCUGAACGAUCCAUGAAUAGAUAUGUGAUAGAGGUUAAUUUUAACUUGAUGAAUAACAUCACAUAUGCCAUUUUAUAAUGACCUACAUGUAAAAUGAUGUAAUUAUUGUUCAGGGCCAACAUAUACGGUAAGACCAUGAUUGCUUCUGUAUUUUGACAAAAGUUCAGUUGGAUUAGGUAAGAUUUUUUCUAAAGAUAUAAAUUCUUCAUGUUUGAGGUCUUGGAUUCAGCAUGGUCAAAUAAGUAAUGAAAAAGAAAUGUCAAGAUACAAUGUUACCUCGUUUUAAGCAGCUCCUCGGGAGCACUGAAAUGUCCUAGUUAUAUUGGGUUUCUGGUUAUAGCGGAGCUUGUUAUAACAUGGUUCCAUGAUUUUUGCAAGGUAUUGCAAGCCUUCAGAUAGGAGAAAGGGCCUAAUUGCGGGCUACAAGAUAGCAAGCAGCAGUAAUGUGCCUAGUCUCCAGUAACUAAGCCCCCACAUUGCAUUGAACUUAGCAUUGAUGGUAACUUUGCCAUCAAUAGUAACUUCCAUGGGAACCUUCAUUUGAUUGACUGUUGAGUGAUGUCACCAUGGUAGUUGAUAAUGAUGGGAAAGUUACCAUCAGUGAUUAAUUUUAUGCAAUGGCCAUUGGAAUACUCACAAUACUAUGCAAUAUUGAUUAAUGGCAAUGCUAUCCUAUAAAUGGCCAUUCAGAAACUUGAUCAGGAAGAAAUUACAUUUUAAAUGUGGUCAUAUCUAAUCCCUGUUGGAAUGUUGUCCGUAAAGAUCUAGUCAGGUCUGUCAGGUGUGUGGUGUUCUUACAAGAUUUUACUGUUCAUACAACUCUAUCCAAUGCAACAAGAAAUAUGAGAUAGAGACUUUUAUUUGUAAGACUACACUUUAACGUUGUUCAUGUACAUAUAUAUGAAAUGCAUUUAAUACUAAUAAUGAUACAGUUCUUGUAAAAGGGGAAUGGCCAUUGCGGAAUGUCUACUUGUAACUCUUGCCUGUCUCAUCUAAUAGUUCUUUAUCUUUAGUCAGAUUCUUAUAAAAACCUUCACUGACCAAUUUCUAUCGUUUUCCUGCUUUUAUUCAAAUCAACAAGAUAUUGGGGUCCACUUCUCCUCUAAAAGCUAAGAAUGUCUAUGUAUGUAAUGGUGGUGGUUAUGGUGGUGGUUAUUCUACCUGACUGCUAAGAAAGCAUAAAUGCUUGUAAAUAAGCAGCCACACGGCCAACGGAUUUAGGUCCUCUCCGAGGGACCUGGUAAUGAGGAUUAAUGCCUUACCAAAGGGCACUAGCGAAUCCCCUUGGUUUCGAACCCGGGUCACUGGAUUACGAGAUCACUGCUCUACCGACUGAGCUAGUAAAGAGCUAGUAAAAGUAAUAUUUCGUAUAUAUUUGUCCACCUGUCGGUGUAUCUCUUGCCUGUUCUAACUAGUCUUUAAAUAUCCCAAUUGAUCAGUAUAUUUAAGGGUCAAAGGGUAAUUAGACCGACGUCUGAUGAGACGAAUUGAUAAUAAUUGGUUCGGUAAUAUUAAUGAAAAGUAUAUCAACAAAUUGUGAUUAGCUGGGAAGUGGAUGAAUUGGUUCAAAACCAAACAACAGUUGAGUAACAACUUGUUUUUCAGUGAACCAGCAAUCUUAAAGAAAUGUUUAUGAAUGUAUGAAAUAUUUAAUACAAAGGUACAUAUAAAAUUUUUAAAAAAUGAUAAAAAAAUCAAGGAUUUAGAAAAGGUAUUAAGAGUUAUAAAAAGGUAUAUAAUGCUUAGAAAUGUACUACAUGUAUAUGAAGAAUUUGUAAUAAAAUAAUCUCAUUCCAUCUUGAAA